UAUGCUAACGGUCAGACAGAUAAUUCGAUUUAUGGGAAAGCGCGGAUACGGAGGUACAUAAAGGUGCUUCUCACUAAGACGUUAAAUCUUCGACCUAAAAUGAGUCAUCAUAUUGAAAGAUAAACCGGGAAUAAUCAGGAUGGAUGUGGAUCUGUGUGGUGGUGGGGAUGGCACCCGAAGAAACAUGGAUUCAGCUGGUGAAGGGACAAUAGAGAUUGUUCCUUUGGAAAUGUACGACUCAGCCAGAGCAAAAAUAGACGCCAACCUGCGAUGGCUGUUCGCCAAGGCAUACAGCAUUGACCACAUCCCAGAGGACCUGAGGGAUCCGUUCUACACAGACCAGUAUGACCAGGAGCACAUCAAGCCUCCCGUCCUCCAGCUGCUGCUGUCCUGUGAGCUGUACUGCCUGUGUGCCCUCAUCCUGAAGACAGACCAGGCCGCCUCGUUGCAGUCACACAUGUCAGUCAUCCAGGCCCUCAGCCGUAAAGGGAUCUACGUCAUGGAGAGUGAUGACGCCCCUGUCAGAGAUGCUGACCUUCUCCUGUGUGCCAUCAAAAUGAGUGCCCACAUGCCCAUGAUCGAUGCCCUAAUGAUGGCCUACACUGUGGAGAUGAUCAGCAUAGAGAAGGUGGUGGCCUGCGUCAAACGCUUCUCCACCUUUAGCGCCUCCAAGGAGCUGCCCUUUGACCUGGAGGACGCCAUGGUCUUCUGGAUCAACAAGGUGAACCUGAAGAUGAGGGAGAUCACAGAGAGAGAGCUGAAGGUCAAGCAGCACCCGCUGGAGUCUCCCAGUCACCAGAAGGUGAGGUACCGCAGGGAGCAUGCCUUGGGCCGCCAGCUGCCCUUCUUCCCCCUGCUGGAGGAUCUGAUGAGGGACGUGUGUGACGGCGCCGCCCUCCUCACCGUGGUCCACUAUUACUGCCCCGACCACAUGAAGCUCCACGAUAUCUGUCUGAAGGAGGUGACCUCCAUAGCUGACAGUCUAUACAACAUCCAGCUGCUCAAGCAGUUCUCAAAUGAAUAUCUCAACAAGAGCUUCUACCUAACCAUGGAAGACAUGCUUUACUCUCCACUGGUUCUCAAGCACAAUGUGAUGGUGUUCAUCGCUGAGCUCUUCUGGUGGUUUGAGACCGUCAAGCCAGAGUUUGUCCAACCCAGGACGGAGGAGUUGAGAGAUGCCCGAGCCAUGGCUCAGCCGAAGAGUGCCCGCCCCUCAGUGCCCAUCUCCAACGCCACCAAGCGCAGCUUUCAGGUUACCCCUGGCAUCCCAGAGGCCUCGCUGUCUGUUUCUGCCCAGAGCAGCCCUGAUGGCAGGUACUCCCUGUACGCUGCUGAAGGCUCUGACCCUCUUAACAAGGGAGGUCCUGGGGAAGCCUUCAGCCUCUCCCACCCACUCCUCCCCCUAAGGCAGAGACAGCAGCAGGCAGAGGACGGAUCAGGCCUCAGAAACCGCUCCAACUCCUUGGAGAACAAACAUCCACGAGGCUCAGUGCAGGCUUGGUCUGACAGGAGACAGAGGCCGACGUCUACGCUCAACCCGUACACAUUUGGCAUCUCAGCCACUGACAGCGAUGCUGACAUUGRCUCUGGUGACAGUGUGAGUCUGGCCCGCUCCAUCAGUAAAGACAGUCUGGCCUCUAACGUAGCCAACCUCACCCCCAAACACCAGGUUCUCACCCCCCAGGGCCAAGCCCAGGUAGGCCGUGCCCCAGUCAGCCCCACCCCCCGCCGAGUCAACGGUCACGGCCUUCUGGGAAACGUCAAUAUGGAGGAGGCGCUUGUGGCCGUGAUGAGGACAGACGCGUCAGCKUCUCUUCCCAGUCAGGGAGAGGAGACGCAGCAAACUGCUGGGGCCGAGCCCAAGGAUUGUUCUUAUUUAGAACCUCUGAUGCCUGCUGUGUUGAAAUCGGCGAAAGAGAAGUCUGUAUACCUGAACAAGGAGGAGGAGAGCGGGGAGGUGGGUCGAUCGCGGGGAGGGGGUUCUAUCCGGAGAGUAGAAGGGGGACCUGAACUUGUGGCGUCGGCCAGGAGGAAAACUCCCACCAGCCUAAACCGGACCUACACUCCUGCAUCUAGUGGGGAGUUUGACUUGUCUACUGAGACCUCACUGGCUGGGCCACUCCAGGGACAGGGGGCCUUCAAUCCCAUGGUCACAAGCAGUGUGGACCCCGACUCCAGAGUUCCAGCAGGUGGCUUCUACCUCCACUCUGACAGCGAAGACCAGAAGCCUUGGCAGGAGCCAGACCUGGAUGAGGCUCAUGAUGAAGACCUUGAUGAAGCCCUCACCACCAAGGACCCAACCAGGCCCAGGAAGACAUUUGAUGAGGAGGAGGAGUCAGCCAAGCUUAUGGAGGAUCUGAAGGUGAAAGAAAAGAGGGACAAGGACAAAGGGGAUGAUUGUAGUAGCGGUCGCUCGAGCCCCUGUCUCAGCACCCACUCCCAGGCCAGCAGCCUAGCCAGCGGCAGCGUACGCAUGACCAGCUUCGCUGAGCGCAAGGCCCAGCAGCGCUUUGGCAGCAACCAUGACCUGCGACCCAGCGCAUCCAGCUCCCAAAGGACCACCCCAGACGGCUCCGAGUGCAGCGGGCCCCUCUCUCUGCCCACCUCCUGGAGGCUGAAGAGGGACCAGAGCCCCUCCUCGCCCCAGGGGGGGCGGGGGGACGGUGGCACCAACUUGCUGGCAUCUGAGCUGGUCCAGCUCCACAUGCAACUGGAGGAGAAGAGGAAGGCCAUCGAGCACCAGAAGAAGAAGAUGGAGGUGCUGUCAGCCAGACAUAGACAGAAGCUGGGCAAGGCUGCCUUUCUGCACAUCGUCAAGAAGGGUAAGAGCGACACCCUGCCCCACCCGCUCAAAACAGACUACUGCAAAGAAGAACUCAAUGGGGACAAAGGGGGAGGCUCAAAAGACGACUCUUGCGUGGACGUUCUGAGAGGGGCCAAAGAGACUGAGUCUGCCACCUCGCCGGUCCCAGAUGCCUUAGAGACAGUGGACAAGAAGGGCAGCUGUAGUCCGGGUCUGCUGCUGGAUGAAGAGCUGGACCUGGAUGAGUGUAACCACUCCAUUGAGAUGCUGAAUGACGCCAUCGGCAGCAUCCAGCAGCAGAUGAUGCAGCUMUCCCUCCAGCAGGAGCUGCUGAUGAAACAGAACGUCCAGUCCCCUCCCAGGGUCCCGUCUCCCUGCUCAGUCAACGAGAAGACCAGCGGAUCUGAACCCAAGACCCGACCUGCCGUCCACUUUGUGGAUUUGGGCAGCGGCGCACCAACCACCGGCACCGCUCCAUCCAGGAAACCCCCCAAGCUGAGUUCGGCCCGUGGCCCCAGGACCAAGCCCUCAGAGCUGAAGCUGGCCAAAGAGCACGGCAGGCCGGGCCUGGCAUCAAGCAGGGCUAUCACCCCCUCCCACAGCCUGGAGACCCUGCCUCACCUGAGGCAGUUUCCUGGGGGCAGGUCUCCKAGGGCAGACCACCCCGACAUCAGCUCCAGAACCCCCUCCGCAGGUGGAGAGACAAUCAGUGGGCAGGACAAGCCUGGACGUAGUGCCACCUUCAGGCUCCACGAUGAGGCUAACCUGCGCACAGCGGCCCGUAUCGACCCAGUGGUCGUCACCCCAGAAGUGUCCUUUGAGCCGUGCCUGUCCAGUACCCUGAGGGAGGGGGAGCUGAACUCCUCCGACGGCUCGGGGAAGGAGAACAUCCCCUCGGAGGAGGUGUCGAGGAGCAAAGCCCCCCUGAUCGAGGUGGACCUGUCAGACCUGAAGGACCCAGAAGKGAUGGAGGGCGACGGGGGGCAGGACAGCACCAUGGAUGGGGAGGAAGGGGAACAGAAGUCUGGCCUGGGAUUCUUCUUCAAGGAUGAACAGAAGGCAGAGGAUGAACUGGCUAAGAAGAGAGCAGCUUUUCUAAUAAGGCAGCAGAAGAAGACUGAGGAGGCCCGGCUACGAAAAAUGCAGCUGGAGGCUGAGACGGAACAAAAACGGGAGGAGGCCAGGCGGAAGGCGGAGGAGGACAGGAUGAGGAAGGAGGAGGAGAAGGCCCGUAGGGAGCUCAUCAAGGAGCAAUAUCUGAGGAGGAAGCAGCAGGAGCUGAUGGAGGAACAGGGCCUGGGCAGCCCCGCCAAGCCCAAGACUGCCAAGACCAAGCCCAAGAAACCCAGUCACCAGACUCACAGACCCAAGUCUGCGUUCAGCAGAGAGGAGAUCUCUAGCGACACCUUCUCCUCCAAGGGCUCUUCUUCCACACCUGACAACCUGAGCAGUGUCCAGUCAGGCUCUAGUCUGUCCCUGGCCUCCGCUGCCACCACCGAGGCAGACAGCGUCAACUCUGGAGGGCCAGGCUCCCAACGGGGUGAGUCUGUGGAGUCGUUCCCAGGCCUGAGUCGGAACGCCAGUCGGAACACUGAGAGAGACUGGGACAACGGCUCCACUGCGUCUUCCAUCACCUCCAUGGCAGAAUACACUGGUCCCAAGCUGUUCAGGGAGCCCAGUUCCAAGUCCAACAAGCCAAUCAUCUUCAAUGCCAUCUCCCAUUGCUGCCUCGCUGGCAAAGUCAACGAACCCCAGAAGAACACCCUUCUAGAGGAGCUGGAGAGAGUAGAUGCACACCACCUGAUGAUCCUGUUCAGGGACGGGGGCUGCCAGUUCCGGGGAGUCUACUCCUUCUUCCCAGACACGGAGGAGAUCCUCAAGCUGACCGGCACGGGCCCCAAGAGCAUUAGCAAGAAGAUGAUCGACAAGCUUUACAAGUACAGCUCGGACCGCAAGCAGUUCACUGUCAUCCCCGCCAAGACAGUGUCGGUUAGCAUAGACGCCAUCACCAUCCACAACCACCUGUGGCAGGCCAAAAGAACCACUGUGCCAAAGAAGUGCGGCAAAUAAUCUGGGGAGGCCCCUGGAACUCACCCUGGGGAACCCCUCCUAGGGUCCAUUCCACCAUGCUCUGCUGGAUAGACUGCAUUGACGUCCACAGUCAAUUAAACUCCCCCUCUAUCAAGGAUGGCCAGACACGUGGAUCCUUCAGUUGACACUGGGGGGGGCAUGUAUCAAUGGGUACAUGUACUGGUGGCCUGCCAGUGACAUUGUCAUCUGUCGGGAUCUCCAUGUGUUCUGUUCAGGUUGUUCGUUGAUGGAUUCAUUCGGUUCUGUUUUUCUAAAGACUAAGAGAAGCAUGUGUCAUUUUUUCAUGUGGUGGAUGUCUUUUUACUUGAAGUAUUUAUUGGUUUGGCACUGAAAUGGUUGAGCUCCGCUACAGCAAAAUACGCUACGGCUUCCCUCUCUUGUUUGAGUCCAUUUGAGUGGGUGGGGGGGUUCUCUCACACUAUGACCCAUUCAACCCCCCCAUCCUCCUCUCUUGUUGGAGGGGGUAGGUGGUUCUCAAUCUCUCCACUUCAAAAUCUGACCUGAGAUGACCAGUUUACGUUCUUUUAGGACUUCUAGGACCAGUAUUCUGCAACAAAUCAAUCUCCAGUAUAACUAGCUACCAGACAAGCAUCGCCAACUUUGCCUCUCCCGUUCACUCUGUCCAAUGUGCUGCUCUGAACUGUCUKCUGUUUGUUACUGGGCUCCCAGACCAUCCGCUGGCCUUCUACAAGCAUCAUACUGCUACUAUCAACUGUCUCCUGUUUGUUACUGGGCUCCCAGACCAUCCGCUGGCCUUCUACAAGCAUCAUACUGCUACUAUCAACUGUCUAUUUAUUCAAACUCUUCUAAACUUGUGCAGUGCAGCCCGUCGUAGCACUGUCUAUCUGGGAUGUAGAAUGGUGACGAUUGUUUUUAAACUACUCAUCUAGUCUCCUUUAGGCCUUUAAAACGAGGGGGUAAAGACGUGCAGGGAACAAUAGGCUUUGGUACUCUUCGAAGAUGUCAUGAUGCUUAUUUUGUACGUUUUUGUUAUUUUUUUAAUGGAAAACUGGUUGGUUAUACAGUAAUCGGCGCUGAUGUGUUUUUCAUCUUAACAUUACAUGAAUUGGUAUGGCGUAUAGCUAGAGCUAGUCAUUUCUCUCCACUAGGCACUACUUCCUGUAUAAAGGUGCACUCCACUCAUCAUGUUUCAAASGCUUUUAUCAUGCAAUGUACCCCCUCCSUUCUACCACAUGAGUGAUCGGCUACCCACCAUGGGUGGGGUAAAUUCAUUCCAUUUCAAUUCAAUCAGUUCAGGAAGUAAAAUUUAAAUUUGUAUUUUUGUUUACUUCCUGAAUUUACGAAAUUGACCCCAACCCUGCUAAGCCAGCUUUUCUCCCCUCCCCCAGAGAGCUGCAUGCUCUUGUUCUGAAGAGUGUGUGUGUGUUCUGCUGUAACCGGUUUGAAUGACAGUAUUUAAUAUAUUCAUAAUGGGUCACUCUGUGGGACUGUGGUCUAGUUAUUUACCUACCGACAUUAAAGAACAUUCCUGAAAGGUGUCAACAAACACUGCCACCARUUUAUUUUUUUCUCUCUGUCCAAGUGCUUAUUAUUAGAUACCGUAUGUUGGCCUCAAGAACAACUAAGUGUUGCAUGUGCACUUUACUCACUGAUUACAGAAAGUGGAAUUCAACUUUAAAAGGGCAUUCAAAAUGUAUUGCAGAAGGAAGAUGAUAUAUUUUUCAUAACUGAACUCCUGUGCACUCCAAACUGAGAAACCUUUCCUGAACUGAAACCAAACACUAAGAUUUAAGAAUGGGUGACAGUCAACWAAAAUAACCUCCUUCUUUCACUAAUACUGCCGUCUCCAAAAAUAUAUAGAGUACUUGAUUAAAAUUUUCUGCAUUUGAUUUAUUUUUUAUAGAUCUUUUGUAUGUUAGUGUUUUUGUCUACUAAUAUAUUAUAUUGUCAUUAAUCACUAUUUGUGUGUGUACUUCCCAUCCCUGUUCAUUUMACUAUUUCUUUGAGAUCAUACCAUCUAUUUAUUUUUAAAUGGAAGCACUGAAACMGAAUAAAUUUUUAAAGUUAUUAAAACACAUUUCAAUC